AUGGAGUUGUGGAGUGUGGUGUUUGUGUGUUGUGUUUUAUGUUAUAGUUUUUGUCACAGUGCAGAGGCUAUCGUUAAGCUAGGAGGAAAUGAAACAAUCCCAGCACUGAUUUUGUUUGGGGAUUCGAUCGUUGACACAGGAACUAACAAUAACCUAAUAACACUGCUUAAGUGCAAUUUCCCUCCUUAUGGGAGGGAUUUCCAGGGUGGGAUACCAACAGGAAGAUUCAGCAAUGGCAAGGUCCCUGCUGACUUCAUAGCGGAAGAGUUGGGAAUCAGCGAAUAUAUAACACCAUACAAGAGUCCUAGUUUGCAGCCUGGUGAUCUCCUCAAGGGAGUCAACUUUGCUUCGGGUGGCUCCGGAUAUGAUUCUUUGACCGCACAAAUAGUGUCUGUCACACCAUUAUCUGAGCAACUAGAGCAAUUCAAAGAAUACAUAGGAAAGCUCAAGGGAAAUUUUGGAGAAGCAAAAACCAACUUCAUCUUGUCCAAAAGUUUAGUACUUGUGGUGUCAAGCAGCAACGACAUUGCCAAUACUUAUUUUGCAUCAGGAGUUAGGAAAGUGACUUAUGAUGUUUCGGGUUAUACUGAUAUGUUGGUGCAAGAAGCCUCUUCUUUCGUUAAGGAAUUAUAUGGAUUGGGGGCAAGGAGAAUAGGAGUGUUUGGUGCACCUCCACUAGGAUGUUUGCCAUUCGUACGAACGUUGUUUGGAGGUCUAGAGAGAGUGUGCACCGAAGAAAUAAACAUGGCAUCAAAAUUGUUUAACUCUAAACUAUCUUCAGAGCUGCACAACCUAAACCAAAGCUUGCCUCAAGCGAAGGUGGUGUAUAUCCGUAUUUACGACUCUUUGCUCAAUAUCAUCCAAAACCCAAUCAAUUAUGGAUUUGAUGUUGCUGACAGAGGAUGCUGCGGUACAGGGACGGUAGAGGCGGCUUUUCUGUGUAAUCCGUUAGAUCCAACAACCUGCGUAGAUGAUUCCAAAUAUGUGUUUUGGGACAGCUACCAUCCCACACAAAAGACAUACCAAAUUCUUGUUGGUGAAAUCCUCAACAAAUAUAUAAUCAGCUUCUCUUGAGAGAACUCCAACUGAAUUCAUGUUCAUGGUUUUAUCAUGUUAAAUUUUCUUUAUCUUCAAUUUUAAAAGACAAGUGUCCAAUCGCAAGAGUUGGAUACAAAUAUUGUUUUAUUUGUUAAUUACGGUUCUAUUAUUGUCAGAAUUUUAACCUUUAUAUAUGAGUAGAUUCGACUUCUUUAAGAUGAGAAGGUAAACAUUA